CUCACACUCUCACACUCUUGACUCAAGGCUCUAGGAUUUGUGUCUGGCUUCUACUUUGCCGAUAUAAAAACCCUCCAUGGCUACAACCCUGCAAGCAGGUGUUUGUCGAGAAGUAGGUGUGAGCCUUCGGUGUAUGCUCGCUGUGCGGAGAGUCGCGCGCAAUGGCGUUCGAAGGGGCUCGAAAUGAAGCAUUGGCGAGGAGUCCCCAGCACGAGUUCAAGAGCGAUCCCAAUGACACGAGCGUCGUCCUCCAUCUCGAACGCAAUACCAGCAGAGAGACUGCGCCAGCUGAUCAGAUCGAGAUGUACGUGGUAGACUCCGCAAGGCCCUUCCUCGAUACCUUGCCAGCGGGAACUCGUCUUUGGCUACCACGUCAUCCUCCGACAGAGCAAUUUAAUGUGGAGUCUUGCGCAAAGCCAUUCUCGCAAACCGCGUCGAAUACUAAACAUGCUGCUCCACGCAAGAAGAGGAAGCUAGAUGCUAGCACCAUCGACCUGUUCUCCGACAUUGGAGGAGAAUGUCUGGAGCAAGUACGAAUUCACGUCACUCAGGGAUCUCGAAACGAAAAUCCGUGGUCUCUCAACCGUCAUAUCAGAGUCGACCUCCCACGCUCCGCUGAAUGUGAUGAGCGUGGCGCCCUUCCUGUGGCUGCAUUUGGCCGCGACAAAGCAGGUCAAGCGGUCAUCGACUGGCCCGCAAUCGAGCAAAGGCAGUGCGACGCAUCCUCACGGCAAUUCCAGCACGCUCUUCACGCCAAAUCUCGGUCUGUACCCCAAGCCUCUGAUCAGGUCCCAUCAGGCACCGGUACAGCUGCAUACACACUUUCUUUGGCUCAUCGCCUCGUUCUGAAUGAAUCGAGUAGUCAUGCUGAAGAGCUUGCAAUCGCGACCACCGAUGUACCCGACGGAGAACCAUCCGAGCAAGGCGAGACGCGGCAGCCCACGCUUCUCAUGCCAUGUCACUCUGGGUUUCUUCUGACGGACCUGCUCAAGAGUCAGCUGACGCUUCCAAGCGGGUUCCCGGAAGUGCUUCAAUUCUUGCAUACAAGGCAACUUUCGCUGUUGCUUUUGGAUCCACCCUAUCCGAAUGCUUCGGUCGCGAGAGCUAGCAAGCGCAACAAGCACAAGGAAGCCUACUCUCCAGUGCAAGAUCUGUACGAUCUCUGGAAGCUGAGAGAUUGUGUCGCCCGACUUCUCAAGGCAGGCUCAGCUGAACGCUCAUUGGCGCAAAAUGCGGGACUCAAUUCACAUUAUGCGAAGGAACGGGCCACGCUCGUGGCGUGCUGGGUUACAAAUGAUCCCAAAGCUCGACACUUGAUGCUCGGCAAGCUCUUCAAGUCAUGGGAUGUAGUUCCGAUCGGCGAGAUUGGCUGGCUCAAAGUGACCGCUUCAUCUGCCUCAGAGGAUACCAGCGACCCAGCUUCUGGCACAAAUCGACGGCUUCCCUCAGAUAAUUUGGCAUCCAGGCAGGACGACAACGGUUGCGUCAGUCAAGGUGGUCAAUUAGUCAUUUCACCAGAACUCGCCUUGCAGACGGGCAGGAAAAGCCACGAGGUCUUGCUUCUGGGCCGCUAUGUCGGCGCAGCAGAUUCCCAAAGCGUCGAUGCGCGAGCAAGACGCAUGGAGCUGGCUCGUGCUGAAGCUAGAGAGUGCGCCCAGAGGAGGACCGUCAUCGUGUCCGUCCCUCUCGGACACAGUCGCAAACCGUACGUGUUUGACGUUCUGAGGCCUCUACUGCCCCCACACCGGCAUCAAGACAGCCCGGUCGUCGUGGAAUUAUUCGCUCGCAACCUAUGUGCGGGUCCAGUGUGGCGUUCGGACGUACACGAGUCAAUAGACGGAUUGCUCAACGCAGUCUCAGAGCCGGAUGUCAACACCAAAGGCAGAGCCAGAGACGAAUUACGACCAGGCGCUGAGGCCGCCGUGCCAUCCGGGACUGUUCAAUCGCGUAGCCUCCAAAGAGGAUGGUGGAUAAGCAUCGGAAACGAAGCCCCGCGUUUCAACAUUGUAGGCGCGGGGUCUCCUGGAUUGUCACGGACAGCGCGAUGAAAAAGCCCUCGACCAGGUGGAAGCAGCUUUCAUUCGUGAUUUUCCAGCACGAUCUUGGCAUUGGGGCGCCAAUUCGGGGAUGUAACAUUCUGUGCAGUAGAGGGGUAAUGUGCGUCUUAUGCAACCUGACGAUGUACUAGUAUACUGAGCGCAGUGCCACUCUGUUCGGCAGCGAGCUGCGAGGGCGAAAGGACGGACGCCAGGCCGCCGUUCUGGUGCUCCGCUUUCAAGGCCCUUU